GCGGGGCGGAGCGCGUGUCCGGGCCCCGCCGGUUCAGCUCGGGGCGCAGUUGUCGCUUUGUCCUGUUGCUUUCUCUGCUUUGUGCGUCUUUUUUCCUUUGUCUCUUCUCGUUUUCUCCCCUCGCGCCGUUAGUCCCGCUCCUUUUCGUGGCCGUGCUGAACAGGGGCCGCUUCCUGACGGCGGUGCCGUUGUUGUGCUGCGCUCCGGCCGGAAGGGAAACGGGGCAACAUUUAUGCGUGUGUUAAUGUGGGUAAUUAAAGGUUCAGUCUGUGUUUAUCGCAGGAGCCUCCUACGUGAUCGAUGAUCAGGGACCUCAGUGACGUUUUGUCUCCCCGGACACGCUGUGCAGCGGGUUCUCAUUUUGCUUUUUGGUUGUUUUUUUGCUUCGUCCUUCUUGGUCAGAAACGUAGCGACGUGCCGGAGGUGCGGCAACUACAGAAACCUUCACUAGUGCACGUGUUCAGAGAUGCCGCUGCUGAGACUGGAAAGCUUCGUGCACACCCAGAGCUCGUUACGGACUCUGGCUGUCCUUAAAAACACGCUUUUAUUUUGGAGGAAGGGCUCCUGUGGUCUGAAGCAGGAUGGGACACCGAGGGCAAACCUGCAGCCCUGAGCCAUGGUGCUGUUUUCUCUGGAGGUUGUAGGUGUAGGACAGUGCGCUGCUGCUGCUGCUUCUGGUUUACUUCGGUGUAUGACAAUAUAACCUAGAGUUGACAAAAAGUAACUUUGUUGCUGGCAACAUGGAUUUCUCUGGAGCUGCUUUAUUUGUGCAAUUAACUUCUUACAGAACACAACUGUAAUAAGCAGCUGCUAGUUGCUGUUGCUGGGUUACUGGUGGGGAAUUGCUCCUCUGAGCAAUAUUGUGCUGGCUUUUAACUGAGACAAAUACUCCAAAGACCAGACAUUUUUUAGGCGUACCCAUCCUGAAACAAUAAUAAUAGAAACUACAUGACAUCGACUGUUGGUUUUUCUAGGAGUGAAGGGGGGAAAAGAAGUAGAAUAAAAGGAGUUUCGAGGAAAUAGAAUGUAAUGUUCCAGCACUGCAGUAUCAAGUCGUUUGAAGAAGUUGGAGCUGCUAUAAGAAUAUCACGUUAAAAUAUUUUUUAUGUAAUCGCCAGAUGAAAGAAUUGGACAAAGCUCUUCCAUUUGUUUCCCUCCUGCAGGCAGAAAAGUUAUUUCGGGAAGUUGAACGGGAUCUGAAUCCCAUCUAGCACUUAACCUUGGGCUGCAGUGUUGUGUGUUGAUUGUAAUGCUGGCUGAAGACUGAAUAACAGGAAGCCCAGAGGAGUUCAGCUUGCCUCACUAACAGUAAUGAAGUCGUAAUAUGACUGUGAUGUUAAACAGCUUCUGUAUUGCUGUGCUUCUGUGUUGAUCUUAAACAUUUCCAUUCCAAGAGUCUGGUGGCUAUGACCAUUUUUGCCUUCCCAUCUUCGCCCAGUGACUCGUGACUCGUUGCCAAUCACGGCGGAAUCCAUCAAACCCACACUCUGCAGGGUCGUCAUCUACCUACAGAAGGAGAUGUCGGGGGACACGUGUCUAACCACCACCCUGUGUCCAGCUGUGGGCCCCAAGCCUAAAACCUGCAGCUUCAAAGUCGGCAGCCUCGGUAACAAGUACGUGCGACUAAAUGUCGGGGGCUCCUUGUAUUACACUACAGUGCAAGUCCUGACCAGGCAUGACACGAUGUUGAAGGCCAUGUUCAGUGGCAGAAUGGAAGUUCUCACAGAUAAGGAAGGAUGGAUCCUUAUAGACCGUUGUGGGAAGCACUUUGGAACCAUUUUAAACUAUCUCCGAGAUGACACAAUUGCACUUCCAAAACACAGACAGGAGAUCAAAGAGUUGAUGGCAGAAGCCAAGUAUUAUCUCAUUCAGGGCUUAGUUGACAUGUGCCAAGCAGCUCUGCAGGACAAGAAAGACUUGUAUGAACCUGUCUGUAACAUCCCUAUUAUCACAUCUCCUAAAGAAGAAGAAAGACUGAUAGAAUCGUCAAUGAAACCUGUUGUUAAGCUGCUGUAUAACAGAAGCAACAACAAAUAUUCUUACACCAGCAAUUCAGAUGACAACUUACUGAAGAACAUAGAGCUGUUUGACAAACUCUCUCUCCGAUUCAAUGGCAGAGUUCUUUUCAUUAAGGAUGUUAUAGGGGAUGAAAUCUGCUGCUGGUCUUUCUACGGGCAGGGACGGAAGAUUGCUGAAGUCUGUUGUACCUCUAUAGUGUAUGCCACAGAGAAGAAGCAAACCAAGGUUGAAUUCCCCGAGGCACGUAUUUAUGAGGAAACUCUAAACGUCUUACUGUACGAAACACCGCGAGUUCCUGAUAACUCUCUGCUGGAAGCAACCAGCAGGAGCAGAAGCCAGGCCUCUCAUAGUGAGGAUGAUGAUGGUUUUGAACUUCGUGACCGAGUGCGUCGAAUCCAUGUGAAGAGAUACAGCACCUAUGACGACCGUCAGCUUGGCCACUAGUCAGUUGAUGAGAGAAGGGUUGGUUUCAAGGCUUGUAUCAAUAUUCUUUGAGGGAGAUCAGGAAGUAGGGAGGGAUCAGUUGGACUCUGGACUGAUUUUCUUUUGGCUUCUUGUCUCCCUAGAGAAGCAGAUGGGCAUUUAUGCACACAAAGCAACACUAAAGGCCAAGGGCUUUAAGAACUAAGAUGUUUGUUUUGCACCACGUGCUUCAAACACAGACUGGCCCCUUUUUCAUGAGACAUGAGAAAAGGAUUCCAAAACACUGAUUCUGACCAUUUGUGGUUGCUCUUUUAUAUCUAAUGACGUGCUAUAUAUCUUACUUCUUGUGGGAAGUACUGCUUUUCCUGAAUGAGAUGGAGUGAUUUGAAAAUAUUAUUUUCAGUUACCUGUCCUUUUUAGGGUUUGGUGUAAUGGAACUUCCAGUUUUUGAAUCAAGAUACUGAAGAAAGAACUCAAACAUGACUACUUCUACCAAACACUACAGCUGAUAACCCCUGGAGGAGACAGUUAGCUAUCCGCUAGUCUGAUGCACUGCAUAUGUGAUUUCUUACAAAUAUUUUGCCUUUAUGCACAUACAGCAAUUUGUGUUCCAGUAUACUUGUAUUUAAAAUUCAUUAAUUCUAAGGCAUGCUCCUUCUGAGAAGUCAAAUCAUCAAAAAAUCUCCCCCUAUGAAAAAUAAGAAAUAUCUGAAAAUUUAAAUAAUACAGAAUGACUUGUUAUGGGAGCUAGAAAAAUAUACAUGGUGAAGGAGGGAAGUUUUUCAAAUAAGAAAACUCCAAGAACAGAUUGUGGCAGGGUUGGCAUUGUUCAGGGCUUUGAUAGCGUGAUACUGUUCAUGUAAACAAUUACAUAUUACAUUUAUAUUAGUUUCCCCCUGUGGCCCAAAAGUGUUAUUUGAUGUGCAAUUUAUCUGGCAACGGGAAAAUAAUGCAGUGGCUGGGGAAGUGCAGACAAUAUUGAUACACAGUUGUAAUGCUAGAUAAUAAUAUACUGGAGAGUUAGUUAAAGUUUUGUGUUCUGAAUCACAUCUAGUGCAUAGAAGUUGAAGUAGAGAGAAGAAUAAUCAUAAAAACUUUGCUCUGGCAUGCAGAAGGCUAUGGUCAGGGGGAAGAGAUGGUAAGCUGAAAUAUCAGCUUUAUUCCAUAUUAUGAGUGCUUGAUUGAGUGCUAAUUUUAGAGAAUUCUCCAGAAGAUUGGAGUCCCAGCUGUUUUGCACAUUGGGUCUCUAGAAAAACUUCGAUGUUUAGUAUGGAAAGUUGCUAAUUUCUUUUUAACUGUUUGAUUGUAUGUUUCAAAGAUAGGUUGCAGAUUCAAAUUUUACCACUGUUACAAAUGGUUAUUACUCAAGGUUGCUUAUUGACACAUUUGUACAUGUGUCAGUGGCUUAGCACGCUCCACCACUGCUUUUAUUUCCCUAUAUGUUAUGUGAAGGUGGAAGGCUCAGAUUCCAUUAUGGUUAGCCUUGAACUCCAUUAACCAGUGCCGAAAUUACAUAUAAGUUGUAAAGCAAAUUAAUGCAAAAUCAAAUUCAUGAAGUCUUAACUAAAAUUAAGAUAUAAGAUGAUUUAAAAACAAAACAAAGGGGGGGGAAGGAACAAAACAGUGAUUUCCAUACAAUUAGGGUUUUGAAAAUGUAACUGUUAAGGCUUUGUAAGAAGACACAUGGCUGCAAAAUGUGGGAAGUUUAUUGCCUCACUGGGCCUCCAUGUGAAAGGCACUUACUUCUUUCUCCUCACAUUCAGGAAGUAACUGCCACAGUAAUGCACCUGCCUUUUUCUGAAAGGCCUCUUUAAAACUCUAACAACUUCUCUUUUUAUAUUGCUUUCUUCUAGUUGUUUCCCAGCUGAUUUUUCUAUUGUGCCAGGAAAAAUACAGCUGCUGAGAUUAGUUUUGACUACAAAUUUUGGUUUUAAUUGUGAUAAAGCGUGAUGUGGAUUUUGUUUGUUUUUUAGUUGAUUUUUCUUCACUGAUACUAUUUAAAUUUAAUCAUGGUGGGUGCUUUGAAACCCACAGCAAUAUGGUCUUUUUGCUGUACUUGGUAGUUUCAGUUGAAUCUUGUACUUUUUUUGUUUUUCCAUUGUGUAACAAAUAAUUCUGCCAUUUAAAAUUCAUAUGCAUGGCAUUUGUAUUUCUUGGCAAAUGAUUUUUUUUUUCAUACUGUCAUAGUGAAUGUUAGCAGACUAAGUAAGUGACACAGGUCACUUUGCACAACUGUUCAAAGAAGUUAUAAGCAGAAAAAUGACAUCUUUGCACAUCAUUUCUCUGAGGAGGGGUCAGGUUUGGGGAAAAGGUGUGGAAGAGAAGAAAGAGAAUGAGGUGUAGAAUGAGAAUGAGGAAGAGAAUGAUCAGUGUGCUGGUUCAGAUACUUCAAUUAGUGGUUCACAUCUGUGCUCACAGUAUUCCUUAAGAGGACUGAUCCAAGUUGUGGACUUCCUACUAUGCUGUAAGAAGCUGGAGGGGAAAGGAGGGGAAAAAAAGCUUGUGCAUUGAUUUAGUUAGCUUUCUUUUCCUUGUAUCCCAUAGCAACAGUUGGUUUUAAAACUGUCAUUUAAACAGACAAAACUAUGGUCUUGGUGUUUGUCCUGAUAAGGCUUUCAGGAUGUGGCUGAGAAGAUCUUAGGUGAAAAGCUGUGGUUGGAUUUCACUAACAGUCCUAUAGUUCCCUCCACUGGUGGACAGAUCAAGAAUUGGAAAACACCAGGAAAUUCACGGUUAGGUGUGUGCUGGGAUGUCUGCACAGCAUUAAACAAUAGUACUUUUAGAGACUCCCAUCCAAGAUACAGCUGCUGUGCUCCAGUUUCUGAUAAAAUCUGGAAUGCCCUGGGUUGUUUCUUUCCUGACUGGUUGUGUAAUUGCAUAAUUUACAUGAAAGCUCAGGAAUUGUAAAUGCAGACAUGAAUUCUGCCAUCAUUUACACAGUUCAGAGAUUAAACUUUUUUAUUUCUUGUGCAAGGGGUACAAACUAAUUUAUUUUCUCUUAGAAGAGUCCUGCUUAUCUGAAACUGUUCCAGUGUGGAAUGUUAACUGAAUGUUCUUUCCACCAAAAUCAUGACAUAUUGAUAGUACAGUCUGACUGCUAAGCUCUGAUAAUUUUUAACACUGCAGCUUUGACGUAAUAUGUACUUUAUAUUCUCAUCGUAAUUUGCUUUACCUAGGUAAGCAAUAUAAGUUUUGACAUACAUACUAGAACAUACUUGGACAACCUGGUAUAAUGGAAAAAAGCAGCACUGGAAAGGGUGAUGCAGCAUUCACUUGUUUGCAGUACGCUGACCCCUUUUAGAGCAAACAGCUGUGCUUCCUAAGAAUAUUCUCUGCUGGCUUUAAGAAUCCCAUUAUCAUCCCCACUAAGAUUAUACAGAUUUCUAAUUAUAUGCAUUUGUCUCUGCUAAUUAAGAGCAAUGGCUUCCUACAUAGAAUAUCAACAUUGGAUGUGUUUACUGAUGUGACUGAAUUUAAAGUAGCCAUUAGGAGGAGGAAGUACCUCUUGGCCUCAUUCAUAACCUUACUUUCUUCACUUCUGAAUUUAAGUGAACUUUUGCGCAUUCUAACAUUAUAUUAGUAGACUGAAAGAAUGAUGAAAAACAUUAACUGACAUUUAUACACAAGCAAUGUAAUAAAGUGUUACUGAUUCUCUAAUGGGGUCCUAACAUACUGAAAAACCACCUCAGCUUUUCGGCAGAUGAGGAGCCUUGGUGCCUUGAGUGAAUGUCUUAUGUUAAGUAGUUCUUCAAUAUUGGUGUUAAUUAGGCAAUGUCAGAAGAGUGAGCUCUGCAGGAAAGCAGCCUCCAACUGCUUGAUAAAUGCCAAGGCAAAACUAAAUGCUUAACCUUCACUUUGACAUUUAGUUUUUGGAACAGGAGACAUCUAUCCUGUUAUAACAUUCCAGUGACUUCACAUCUCUGCAAUUUUUGGUUUAAAAAUUAAGGAAAAAAAAAAAAAAGCUGACCCAAGCUUGAGACUGAUACUGUGGUGUUCUGCUGCCUUUGGCCUGAAGCAGGCAAUGCUUUUAAGCUUUGUAUUUUAAGUUUUCAGACAGAAUUCACUCUCAAAUCCUGAUGAAGUGUAAUUUAGAUUAUGACCUGUGACAAUCUUUGAUGUUAAAUCUUUAUGGCCAGAUUUCACAUUGUGCAUUCUGUUAGGGCAACUGAAGUCCUGUUAAGAGAUGAGGGAACGUGACCUCUGUCUUCAGCUUUGCCACAAACUUAGUGACAGACACUAAGUCAGUUUUACUGUACGUGAAUUUUUUCUCAUCUGUAAUAAAAGGGGGUAAGACUCUCCCCUACUUCAGAGGGAUGUUGAAGCUUAGUUUCAUAACAAUAGAGCACUUUGGAUUUCUACAUUUUGUAUCUGGAGGAUAGUAAAUGUGAUUGUUUAAACUGAUGUUCUGCAAUCAAGCCAUUUUCUUGUAGCACCGGGCUUAAUUUUGUUUUUCUCUAACUUUUAAAGGUCAGUCUUAUGAAUAAAAUAAUAACCAUAUUAAUUAUUGAAUAAGGUGUUUUCUCUGUUAUCAGCGAGGUAAAUGGAACACUGGUUUUUAAUAAAGCGUUAUAUUUUACAUUG